AUGUCAGACUCCGAAGAUAAUUCCACCGCAGAUUCAGGCAGCUUCCCUUUGCCGCCUUCCUCUAUAAACCCUUACACAGUCCUCUGCAUCCCACCCACCUCUACCGUAAAUGAAAUACGAGCUGCAUACCGCCGUCUCGCGCUUCAAACACAUCCCGACAAAGUGCCACCCGCAGAGCGUGAAGCUGCGCAUGUCAAGUUCCAAGAGAUAGCCUUCGCAUACGCCAUUUUAAACAACGAGGACCGGCGUGCACGCUAUGAUGCUACAGGAAGCACAAGUGAGGAUGUCUUUGAAGAGGGUUUUGACUGGAAGGAUUUCUUUCGAGCUCAGGUAAAGGAUCUCGUGAGUCCAGAGGCUGUAGAGAAGUUUAAGAAGGAGUACCAAGGAUCGGACGGGGAGCGUUCAGCAGUUCUACAGGCGUAUACAGAUACUAAAGGUUCCCUCGAUGAGAUAUUUCAGCGCGUCAUGGUUUCCAGCGUUCUCGAUGAUGAGGAUCGUUUCAGGAUAAUGAUCCAGCAAGCUAUCGAUGCCGGCGAAGUAGAAUCCUACAGAGCAUUUACCAAGGAGUCUGCGAAAUCUAAGAAGGCACGACGGGACUUGGCCGAGAGUGAGAAGAAAGAAGCAGAGGAGUACGCAAAGGAGUUGGGCGUAUGGGACGUGUUAUUUGGAGAGAAAAAGAAACGUAAGGAAGAGCAGGAAGCUGCAGAGGCAGUGGGAGACGUGGAAAUGCAUGAAGCCCAGGACGAGGAAGACGAGGAUGAAGAGACUGCAGAAAGUACAAGCGGUAAAGGAAAGGGGAGAACUGCGAAAAAGGCUGAGCCGGCGGGUAGGCCUAAUACGCGAGUUGAGAAGAAGACGAAAGCAAAGAAGGAGGACGACACAUCCGCCCUCGAGAACCUGAUCAAGAACCGGCAGGCGGAUCGACAGGCAGGCUUUCUAGCUAGUUUGGAAGCUAAGUAUGGUGUUGAUGGAAGUGAGGUCAAGAAAGAGAAGAAAGGCAGGAAGACAGGUAGGGGCAGAAAAGCUGUCGACGAGGAUCUAGACGGAGAUGCCGCGGAACCAACAGAGGAGGAAUUCCAAGCUGCUAAGAAAAAGCUCGAAAGCAGAGGAGGAAAGAAGAGGAGUGGGGAGAAUGGGAAAGCAGAAAACAGCACAGGAGAGAGGCGUUCAAAGAGAAACAAACCUUAA